CGCGCGCGCCGGGAAGGGGCCGUAGCCGGGGAGCCCGCCGAGCCACCGCCCCGUCCUCCGCCCUCGGCGCCCUCGGGGCUGCAGCUGCCGGCCAGCUGGAGUCACGUGAAGGGCGGAGGGCAGCGCACCGCGGCCGGGUCUCCCGCGGGCCCCAGCGGGGCAGAGUCCGCCGCGGCGGCCUCGACGCUCGCUUGCUCUUGAGCCGCAGCCGCGAGGCCCGGGGACGACCGCGCCGCCGGGAUGCGCGGCCCGCGGCCGGAGCCCGCCGAGGAGCCGCCCGACCGGGAGUGGGAACAGGACCUCCUCCUGGCCGCCGCCUAUGUUUCGGAUGCACAGUACAACAGAAACGUCCCGUUUGAAACAUCCCCGCGGGCCAUCAGACUUUACUAUUUUUAUAACCACUGGACCCUGCGAGUCGCCACGUACGUCUUUAUUUGUGUAGACCUUUCUCUCGCCCUGUUUGAGGAACCUGCACUAUUCCCACUGCCUUUCUUGGCGACCUCGAUAGUGGAAGUCCUGUGCCUGACCGCCUUCUUUGGGAGACUGGUGCAUUUUGCAAAAGUCACUCCUCAAAUGGUUUUCUGGAAAGACACCAAGAACAUCUGCAUCCUGGUGACCAUCGCGCUGACCUUGCUGGACCUGAUUAUCUACGGGUCCCUGGAAGCCGUUCAGAUCCGCGGCAUUAGAUGGUCCAGGGCCUUCCGGCCAGUCUUCCUCAUCAACUUCCCCGAAAGCCGUCAGAUCCGCAGGGCUCUCCGAAGCCUCCGGAACACUCUGCCUGACAUCCUCUACGUCUUCCUCUUGUUUAUGUUCAGCGUGCUCAUCUUCUCCCUGAUGGCCUUGAAGCUCUUCGGGGACAGGGGUCUGAAGACAGCAGAAGGCUCCCCCUACCUCACGAACAUUCUGGAGAUUGCGUUUGAGCUCUACGUGCUGGUCACCACAGCGAACAGCCCUGACGUCAUGAUGCCUGCCUAUGACUUCAACCGGUGGUACUCGCUGUACUUCAUCGCCUACAUCAUCAUCAACACGUACAUCUUCAUGUCCGUCUUUCUGGCCGUGGUCUACAACAAUUACAGGAAGCACCUCAAGAACGAGAUCCGCAAACUGGUGUACCUGAAACGUCACAAAAUGAUGGAGGCUUUCAAGAUCCUAAAGGUCAAGGUGGGCACGGAGUUCGUGGUGAGAGAAGCCGAGUGGAAGAGGCUGGCGAGGAUGGUGGUGCCGGACAUCAGCAGCUCCCACCUGGAGCUCCUCUGGAGGAUCUCCGACGAGGGGCAGAAGGGGCACGUGGACAGAAUGAACUUUCUGCGCUUGGCUGACCUGCUCAACAUCCAGGUGGUCACCGUGAACAUCAGGAAGCACCCGCUGGAAGCCUGGGCGCCGCGGGUUUACCAGUCGUCCGCGAGCCUCUUCGUCCAGAGGAUGGUCCGGCACAGGGGCUGUGCCCAAGGCGGGACCUGGGAAAACCAUUGCUUCGUUCUGUUCCUGGCUGUACCAGGGUCAGUGAGAGCCAGGGCUUUUGUCUGGGUCUAUGACGUCAUCAUCCUCGUCAACGCCGUCUUCAUCGCCCUGGAUGAGAGAAGCCUGUUCAUCUCUCGGGCAGAGUGGUUCUUCCUCUGCCUCUACGUCGCUGAGAUCCUGCUGAAGCUGUACACCUACGAGCCCAGGGCCUAUCUUGGAAGGAAGCAGUUCUGGAACUGGUUUGACAUACUGAUCAUCAUCGCAGCCCUGGUGGCCACUGUGGCCAAUGCCACCAUUCAGUCAGCAAGAAGAUACAACAGUCAGCAGGUACUGGAUAUUGUCUUGAUAUUGAGGAUACUCCGGCUGCUGCGGGUCAUCGUCAGCAUUCAGAGGUUCCGGGUGAUAGUGACCACGUUAGUCAACAUUGGCCCUACGGUGCUGACGUUUGCCGGGCUUGUCUUUGUGGUCUACUACGCCUUCGCCAUCGUCGGGAUGGAAGUGUUCCAGGGCAAAGUGCGGUUCUUUGACCCGAAUUUCACGUCUCCUGACGCCCUGGUGUGUGGCAACCCGGCCUUGAGGGGCUCUGCGUUUGCCAGGGCCAGGUACUGCAAGAACAACUUCAACGACCUGGCGUCGGCCUUCCUGCUGCUGACGGAGCUCACCGUGGUGAACCAGUGGCACGUCAUAGCAGGCGGCUUCGCCCUCGCGACGCACCAGGCGGCAAAGCUGUACUUCAUCUUCUUCCAUGUCGUGGUGGUCAUCCUCAUCGUCAAUAUUUUCAUAGCGUUCAUCCUGGAAGCGUUCUUCGUGGCGUACUCUCUGGAGAAAAGCGAGCUAGAAACUGUGAUUGAGAAGAAGAUUCAAGAGCUGGGCGUGGGGAUCCAAGAGGAAGAAGAACAGGACAAGAAGCCCACCGAUAACGUGGGUUCCAAGGACGGUGGCUCCAGUGGGGGUGACGGGGACCACGGAGGGGCGGCCGCGAAAGGACUAUACUGCAGGAUUGCAUCAAACAAGUACAGGACCGUGGACGCCUUGCUGCAGCGCAUGUUUGAGUCCGAGAUCGCCCCCGACGAGGAAGGCCCCUCCCUGGACGAGAUCCUGAGCUUCUCACCCAGUGACAUGUACGUCAAGAAUCCCAAUUUUGAAAACAGCGCAUGAGCCCGGGGUUGCGGGGGCCCCGGCUGGAAGCGGAGAGGAGCCGCCAGCCCUUCCCGCGUGUUGCAGCGUCUGGAGGGGCCUUCCCUGGCCCUGCUGCCUUCUGGGUCCUGGGGAGCCUGCGUGUCACCUGUGCGGGGCGGAAAGGCCGCCUCGGUGGGCAGUGCUGGGGACGUUCUUGGGUCUGAUCGUGGCCCCCGGGAGAGGAAGAGUGAGGACGAGUUUGCUGGGGGCUUCUGGCCUGCACCUGCCUGGGCGUGUGUGCGGUCAUCCCAGGGGGUUUAUAAAAGCCUUCCAUGUGUUUUAUAUAUUUUUACCAUGCUUUUAAACUGCCACUGUGCUGCAAUGUUACAUGAAGGAAUUAUGCAUAUUUAAAUAAGGGAAGGUAAGAGGAGACACAGUGAGCAUUCAGAAUGAAGAACCAUAUGAAUGUGAAAAUAUCACUGUCUCAGCUUCUUUUUCCGGGGUUGGACAGGUGCUCUCCGUGUAGGGCCUAGCAGUUACGAUGCUGGAGUCCCACGCGGGAGCGCCUGGGUUUGACGCUCGGCUCCGCUGCUGACUCCAGCGUCCGGCUGAUGGGGUCCCCGGGAGGCUGCAGCGAACGCUCAAGCAGUUGGGUCUCUGCCGCUGGUUUCAGUUCCUGACUUCUGGCUUCUGGCCUCUGCCCGGUCCAUUCCUGUCCAUUGCAAGCAUUUGGGGAGUGAACCAGCAGAUGGGAGCCCUCUCUCUGUGUUUCCACCUCUCAGAUUGAUUGAUUUUAAAAAACACACAUACUUGGCAUUGGGCAUCGGUGUUUUUUUUUUUUUUUUAAGAUUUAUUUAUUUAUUUUAAAGUCAGAGUUACACAGAGAGAGGAGCGAGAGAGGAAGGGAGGGAGGGAGAGGUCUUCCAUCCACUGGUUCAUCCUCCCCCCUACCCCCAAUUGGCUGCGAUGGCCAGAGCUGCGCUGAUCCGAAACCAGGAGCCAGGAGCUUCUUCUGGGUCUCCCAUACGGGUGCAGGGGCCCAAGGACUUGGGCCAUCUUCCACUGCUCUCCCAGGCCAUAGCAGAGAGCAGGAUGGGAAGUAGAGCAGCCAGGGCUCGAACUGGCGCCCAUAUGGGGUGCCGGCACUGCAGGUGGGGGCUUUACCUGCUACACCACAGUGCUGGCCCCAGGGCAUUGUUAUUAUGUGAGGAUUCCCUGGAACUGGGGCCACGGUGACCAGUCGAUGUGGUGUGUGCGGUCUGCCUGCCUUCCAGAAUUCUCUCCUGUCUUCACAUAUGUAAUAUCCCUUAUGUAAACUAUUCUACAUGUACUGAGUUGUAACCUAAGUUUUAAAAUUUGAUCUCUGUAUUUGACAUCUGUGCUUUCAAGUUAGUAGUUAUAAUGUGUAACCAUCCAAGAAAUUCCACGUAGAAAGAGUUGGACGUCGGAAGUUGCUCUUUAUUUCUGCUUCUCCUCGCCCCUUCCCUCUCCUGCUCCUGUUAGUCUGAUACCUUUUCCCAGUGGUAACAAGGGCUGAGCUUGCUCAUCCUGCUGGGACGACGUCUCUUUAUAGCCACGCCUAUCAUGUCUAUUAAAAUGUAAUUGCAUUUCUCAUUUUCAA